ACCAAAUCCCAAUCCACCCCUAUAAUAAAGAAUCCAAAACCCUCCCCCUUUCUCUCUCGUCCUCUUCCUCCUCCCUCUCUCUCUCUCUCUCUCUCUCUCUCUCUCUCUACACUCCCAUCACUCUCUCUACGCUUCGUCGUCCUCCUCCGCAAGAAAGAUGGCAUCACACGUUGUUGGAUACCCCCGCAUGGGGCCGAAGAGAGAGCUCAAGUUUGCAUUGGAAUCCUUUUGGGAUGGGAAGAGUAGCGCUGAAGAUCUGCAGAAGGUUGCUGCUGAUCUCAGGAGCUCCAUUUGGAAGCAAAUGGCUGAUGCUGGGAUCAAAUAUAUUCCUAGCAACACCUUUUCGUACUAUGAUCAAGUGCUUGACACCACCGCCAUGCUUGGUGCUGUGCCUGACCGGUAUUCUUGGACUGGUGGAGAGAUUGGGUUUGAUACCUAUUUCUCUAUGGCCAGAGGAAAUGCUUCGGUGCCUGCUAUGGAGAUGACCAAGUGGUUUGACACCAACUACCACUUCAUUGUACCUGAAUUGGGCCCCGACACAAAGUUUGCCUAUUCUUCGCAUAAGGCUGUCUCGGAAUACAGGGAAGCUAAGGCGCUUGGAAUCGAUACAAUUCCCGUGCUUAUUGGACCUGUCACAUACUUGUUGCUCUCGAAGCCGGCUAAAGGUGUGGAGAAGUCAUUCUCUCUUCUCUCACUGCUUGGAAACAUUCUGCCCAUCUACAAGGAAGUCAUUGCUGAGUUGAAGGAAGCAGGUGCUUCAUGGAUUCAGUUUGAUGAGCCUACCCUUGUGUUGGACCUUGACUCCUACCAAUUGGAGGCAUUCACUAAGGCCUACACUGAGCUUGAAUCAUCACUCUCUGGCUUGAAUGUACUUAUUGAGACCUACUUUGCUGAUAUUCCCGCUGAGGCAUACAAGAUUAUCACUGCCUUGAGCAGCAUUUCUGCUUUUGGUUUUGACUUGGUGCGUGGCACCAAGACACUUGAUGUCAUUAAAAGUGCGAGCUUUCCUGCUGGAAAGUACCUCUUUGCUGGAGUUGUAGAUGGUAGAAAUAUCUGGGCCAACGACCUCGCCGCCUCCCUUGGCACCCUUGAGGCACUUGAGACUAUUGUUGGCAAAGAUAAGCUUGUGGUCUCAACCUCCUGCUCCCUCAUGCACACUGCUGUUGAUCUUGUAAACGAGACCAAGUUGGACAGUGAACUUAAAUCCUGGUUGGCCUUUGCUGCACAAAAGGUGGUUGAAGUGAAUGCUCUUGCCAAAGCAUUGGCUGGUCAGAAGGAUGAGGCUUUCUUCUCCGCAAAUGCUGCUGCUCAGGCAUCGAGGAAGUCUUCUCCUAGAGUGACCAACGAAGAAGUUCAAAAAGCUGCUGCUGCUUUGAAGGGCUCCGACCACCGCCGAGCUACAAAUGUGAGUGCUAGACUUGAUGCCCAACAGAAGAAGCUCAAUCUUCCGAUCCUUCCUACCACUACCAUUGGUUCCUUCCCACAAACAGUCGAACUCAGGAGAGUCCGAAGGGAGUACAAGGCAAACAAAAUCUCUGAAGAGGAGUACGUGAAUGCCAUUAAGGAGGAAAUCAACAAGGUUGUCAAGCUUCAGGAAGAACUUGACAUCGAUGUCCUGGUCCAUGGAGAGCCUGAGAGAAAUGAUAUGGUUGAAUACUUUGGAGAGCAACUCUCUGGAUUUGCAUUCACAGUCAAUGGGUGGGUGCAAUCUUAUGGGUCCCGCUGUGUUAAGCCGCCCAUCAUCUACGGUGAUGUGAGCCGCCCCAAGGCCAUGACUGUUUUCUGGUCUUCUGCGGCACAAAGCAUGACUGCUCGACCAAUGAAGGGAAUGUUGACCGGCCCCGUCACGAUCCUCAACUGGUCCUUCGUCAGGAACGACCAACCUAGGUUCGAGACGUGCUAUCAGAUUGCUCUUGCGAUUAAGAAAGAGGUCGAGGAUUUGGAAGCUGCCGGUAUUCAGGUUAUUCAAAUUGAUGAGGCUGCACUCAGGGAAGGAUUGCCCCUCCGCAAGUCAGAGCAGGCUUUCUACUUGGAUUGGGCCGUCCACUCCUUCAGGAUCACCAACUGUGGUGUACAGGACACUACUCAGAUUCACACCCACAUGUGCUACUCCAACUUCAACGACAUCAUCCACUCGAUCAUCGACAUGGACGCCGACGUGAUCACGAUCGAGAACUCCCGCUCCGACGAGAAGCUCCUCUCCGUGUUCCGCGAGGGUGUCAAGUAUGGCGCAGGUAUCGGCCCCGGAGUAUACGACAUCCACUCCCCGAGGAUCCCGUCCGCGGAGGAGAUCGCGGACCGGAUCAACAAGAUGCUCGCGGUGCUCGAGAGCAACAUCCUGUGGGUCAACCCUGACUGCGGGCUCAAGACCCGCAAGUAUGCAGAGGUCAAGCCCGCCCUCACCAACAUGGUUGCCGCCACCAAGCUCCUCCGCACCCAGCUCGCCAGCGCCAAAUAAACCCCUCAUUAACGCCUAAUUCCUACUAUCUCGGUUUGAAGGUGUUCUCCACAAAUGGUUAUUAAUAAUUAUUGGGUUCGGUAAAAUGCUGGUCAUGCGGAUUGAAUGUUAGGGGUCUUUUUUUGGGAUACUGUUCUUUAUAUGUUGUGUUAUCAUUUUGAGGCUCAUUACAACGGUUGUUUGUCACGUACUCUGGUCAUCCCCCCCACCUUUUUUUUUUCCCUCUCCCCGCAGUUUUACAACUGGGUUCAUAAAUGAGAGUAAAGCGUUUUGGGAGGUUCCAUUUUUAUGGCUUAGACGCUGCUGUGUUGGAUGUUGCUAGUGUGUUAAAUUGCCUGUUCAGUAGAUGCAGCAACUGUUACUAUUUGAAAUUGCAAGUUCUAAAGUUGGUCUA